AUGGCGGGCGCUAUUCUCAAAACGACGGGGGUCGUCUUCGCCCUGGGCUGGUCCAUUUUGAUAGGAACAGGCCUCUUCUACAUGCUCACCGGGCAGGGCCACCGUUUCGACAUUGCCUGGUUCUUGACGGAGACGUCGCCGCACAUGUGGGCCGGUCUCGGCAUCGCCUGCUCCCUCUCCAUGUCGGUCAUCGGCGCCGGAUGGGGCAUUUUCACCACGGGAUCCUCAAUUCUCGGCGGAGGAGUGAAAGCCCCAAGAAUUCGAACGAAGAACCUUGUGUCCAUCAUUUUCUGCGAGGCCGUCGCCAUCUUCGGUAUCAUCAUGGCGUUCGUGUUCGUCAACAAGAUGCAGGACUUCGAAAGGGAGAAGUUCGACAUUCUGACGACCGACGGCCGGAACAUUAUCGCCAAGAACUUGGCGGCCGGCUACAUGAUCUUCGGCGGUGGCCUCACUGUCGGCUUCUCCAACCUUGUUUGCGGGUUGUCAGUAGGAAUCGUCGGAUCCGGAGCCGCGCUCGCCGACGCGGCCAACCCGUCGCUCUUCGUCAAGAUCCUCAUCAUCGAAAUUUUCGCAUCAGCCAUCGGGCUGUUCGGCAUGAUCAUCGGUAUUGUGCAGACGAACAAAGCGUCGAUGGGCGGCAAA